CGUCUCUGACUACGUUUCCCAGAGGACUCCUCGGCAAGACUGUAUUUCUCGCGGGAAUUCAGCAUCCAAGUCACGCGCUGGCGGGACCCUGAGGGCUUUACCAGCAACUACCCCAGUGCUGUGGAGGGUUCUGCUGUGGAGGGUUCUGCUGCUUCGGAAGCUUGUAAGGCCAGAGCUCUACUCUUCUCCAAAAGAAGAGCCAAGAGAAGGUCCUUUUCUACAAAUAUCAGAGCCAUGGCUCAGGAGUCAGUGAUGUUCAGUGAUGUGUCCAUAGACUUCUCUCAGGAGGAGUGGGAAUGCCUGAAUGAUGAUCAGAGAGAUUUAUACAGAGAUGUGAUGUUGGAGAAUUACAGCAACCUGGUUUCAAUGGCAGGGCAUUCUAUUUCUAAACCAAAUGUGAUCUCCUACUUGGAGCAAGGGAAGGAGCCCUGGUUGGUUGACAGAGAGCUAACAAGAGGCCAGUGGCCAGUCCUGGAAUCAAGAUGUGAGACCAAGAAAUUAUUUCUGAAGAAAGAAAUUUAUGAAAUAGAAUCAACCCAGUGGGAAAUAAUGGAAAAACUCACAAGACAUGAUUUUCAGUGCUCUAGUUUCAGAGAUGAUUGGGAUUGUAAUAUCCAGUUUGAGAAACAACUCGGCUCUCAGGGGGGACAUUUCAAUCAAUUGGUAUUCACUCAUGAAGAUCUGCCCACUUUGAGUCAGCAUCCAUCCUUUACAUUACAGCAAAUCAUUAAUAGUAAAAAGAAAUUCUGUGCAUCUAAAGAAUAUAGGAAAACCUUUAGACAUGGCUCACAAUUUGCUACACAUGAGAUAAUUCAUACCAUUGAGAAGCCCUAUGAAUGUAAGGAAUGUGGAAAGUCCUUUAGACAUCCCUCAAGACUUGCUCAUCAUCAGAAAAUUCAUACUGGCAAGAAACCCUUUGAAUGUAAGGAAUGUGGGAAAACCUUUAUUUGUGGCUCAGAUCUUACUCGACAUCACAGAAUUCACACUGGUGAGAAACCCUAUGAAUGUAAGGAAUGUGGGAAGGCCUUUAGUAGUGGUUCCAACUUCACUCGACAUCAGAGAAUUCAUACUGGGGAAAAACCCUAUGAAUGUAAGGAAUGUGGCAAUGCCUUUAGUCAGAGCUCACAACUUAUUAAACAUCAAAGAAUCCAUACAGGUGAGAAACCUUAUGAAUGUAAGGAAUGUGAAAAGGCUUUUCGUUCUGGCUCAGACCUUACUAGACAUCAGAGAAUUCAUACUGGUGAGAAACCCUAUGAAUGUAAGAUAUGUGGGAAGGCUUAUUCUCAGAGUUCACAGCUUAUUAGUCAUCAUAGAAUUCAUACCAGUGAGAAACCCUAUGAAUAUAGGGAAUGUGGAAAGAACUUUAAUUAUAACCCACAACUUAUUCAGCAUCAAAAUUUGUACUGGUGAUGAGCCAGAAUAUAUGAAAUGUGUAGGGAGGCUUUUAAUUAUGGCUGAAAACAGAAUUUAUCUUGUUAAUAAUUUCCCUAGAUGGAAUAAUGUAGAAACAUUGUAUUUGUGGACUACAGCUUAUUCAGCCUGGGAAAAAUAAUGUUGGAGAAACACCCUAUGAUAGAAUAUAUUUUGAAAACCUUAACUAAAUGCUCACUUCUCUUGACAUCAGAUAGUUCAGUCUGUCGUACUGAAAAUGACAGCACUUUUUUUUUGUUUUUGUUUUGAGACGGAGUCUCUCUCUGUCACCCAGGCUGGAGUGCAGUGGCCGGAUCUCAGCUCACUGCAAGCUCCGCCUCCCGGGUUUACACCAUU